UAAGUCAUUCAUCGUCAAAAUUCGUCGGCAUUCACUUAUCGCUUCUGACAAUUAGUUCCACGCGAUCAGUGUCGCUUAACGGUAUAAUCCCUUCCGUCUGAUAACAAAGAACAUAAAUAACUGAUAAUGCCACGGAAGAAGAAAGUGUCAACCUGCUCUGAUGAUGAAGACUUCACAUUGGAAGAGAAAUACAAUAAAGACGACCUUCAGAUACGGGCACCAAGAAAUGCUGCUAAUGCGAGGGAACGAGCAAGAAUGAGGGUUUUGAGCAAGGCAUUUUGUAAGCUCAAAACAACCCUGCCUUGGGUGCCAGCAGACACAAAGCUCAGUAAAUUAGAUACCCUCCGAUUGGCGGCCACAUACAUUGCUCAUCUAAAAGCAGUUUUACGUGAAGAUAGUGAGUCUUAUCUGGAUUCGAAAUCUUUAUCAGUAACACUGUCAUGGCCAUUUGCUAUUCAAAAUGCAACAACUCCAUCGAUAUUGGUCAAUAAUAGCUGUUCUGUAUCAUCAUCAUCGGAAGUAUCAUCACCAAAUAGGCCCUACAAUAAUAGAUCCCAUGUCCAAUCGAAUGAAUACCAAUGUUAUCAUUCAGAAAACCACGAGAACAUGCAAGUCAAUCGCCACAGUCAUGAAUCUGCUCAAGUUUAUCCAUAUUAAUAUCCAACAAUCUGGAUUGAAAAUAUUUUUAUAACUUUAAAUUAAUGAGUAUAUUUAUUUUUCAAUGUUUGUUAUUUAUUAAUCAGUAGCUUUGGUGAAGAAUAACAUUCAAA